AUCAGAUACAUUUUAUAAAUCAUUGAUUAAGUGUUCAGGCACUACAAACUUGGUCAACUUCUUCAACGUCCUGUGAUUUAGCUUAGGCUUUAUAUAUAAUCUUAACUUGUCCAUUUAUGAUAUAUAACCUGCAUAAGUGCCUACUCUUCUUUCACUCCAGUAUGGAAUCCAUACCACCAUAUCUUCUAUGCUCAUUCUUCCUCAUCAUCAUCUCUUGUCUUAUGCCAUAUUUUACACAGGCUCAGACUUACAAGAACAUAUCUCUGGGCUCUACACUCAUUGCAAAACAGGACAAUAACUCUUUCUGGGCUUCACCAUCUGCUGAAUUUGCUUUUGGUUUCCAGCAAAUCCAAAAAGAUGGUUUCUUACUAGCUAUCUGGUUCAACAAAAUACCCGACAAAACCAUUGUUUGGUAUGCCAAUGGGAAUAAUCUAGUACCAACUGGAUCCAAACUUGAACUUGCCAGAGAUGGCACGCUUGUCCUUGAGGACACAAAUGGUAAACAAAUAUGGAAUGCUGAGUCCAACAAUACUGGAUCAGUUUCCUAUGCAGCCAUUCUUGAUACUGGAAACUUGGUGCUGGUCAGCCGAGAUUCUGUAUUACUGUGGGAGAGUUUCAAUCAACCAUCCGACACAAUUUUGCCCACACAAACUUUGCAGGGAGAUAUCAAGCUGUUUGCUCGUUACUCGGAGAAAAACUACACAUAUGGAAGAUACAAUAUGACAUUGCAAGAAGGAAAUCUCGAGCUUCAUGUGACAUAUUCUCCUCGGGAUUCACGUCAUCAUGUCUAUUUGACUAGUGAGACGGAUGGCAAUACCAACCAGUUGAUCUUCAACCAGUCGGGCUUUAUUUAUCUACCAGCAAAGAAUGGAAGCAUAAUUCAAAUUCUAUCAUCUGAUGCUGUUUCACCCCAAGAAUUCUACCAGAGAGCAAUUCUAGAAUAUGAUGGAGUUUUCAGGCAUUAUGUAUAUCCAAAGAGUACAAUCUCUAAUGGAAGAUGGCCUAUGGCCUGGUCCUCGUUGUUCCACAUGCCUUCAAACAUAUGCUUCAUGAAGUUGGGUCAAUCUGGUGAUGAUCGUGGCAUGGGACCGUGCGGGUUCAACAGCUACUGUCAAAUGGAGCAAGGGAGGCCUACCUGUCAGUGCCCUGAAGGUUACUCUUUCACGGAUCCAAAUGAUGAAUCUCUGGGAUGUAGACAGGACUUUGUUUCGCAAAGUUGUGACAGAGAAACCCCGGAAACAGAUCAAUUCUAUUUCCAGGAGAUGAAAAACGCAGAUUGGAAUUUAUCUGAGUACGAGCAUUUCCAACAGGUGACAGAGGAUUAUUGCAGGCUGGACUGCUUAAGUGACUGUUUCUGCGCCGCCGUGAGUUUUGUAGAUGGGAAUUGUACCAAGAAGAAAUCACCUCUUUCAAAUGGUAGGAUCGACGCCAGCAUCAGUUGGAAAACUCUUGUCAAAGUAAGGAAAAACUUUUCUUCCUUUAAACCUGGAAGAGCAGAUUCAGAAGAUAAAGAUCGAUCAACUUUGGUCCUAAUUGGAUCAAUCCUCUUAAGCAGUUCAGUUUUUGUAAAUAUCCUCCUAUUAUUAGCUACCAUUGUGGUUUUCAGCUUGCAUAGCAGAAAAAGAAGUAAGGUUCUUCAACCGCGUGUGGUCUUGCCGGGAAGGAAUCUCCAAUGUUUCACAUACGGAGAGAUUAAGGAGUUCACAAAUGAAUUCAGCCAAGAACUUGGCAGUGGUAAUUUUGCCAAAGUCUUCAAAGGUGUUCUAAAUUCUGAUAGUGGAGACCCUGUUGCUGUCAAAAGGUUCUACAACAUAGUGACAGAAGGAGAGCAGGAAUUCAAAGCCGAAGUGAACGCCAUUGGACAAACUAAUCACAGAAACUUGGUCCAGCUCUUGGGGUUCUGCACCGAGGGAGAGCACCGGAUUCUAGUAUAUGAAUUUAUGAGGAAUGGUUCUCUUGCAAGUUUCCUCUUCAGCAAGUCAGGAAUAAAGUGGCACUCCAGGAUUCAGAUAGCCAUUGAAACUGCAAGAGGGCUGCUUUACUUGCAUGAAGAGUGUAGCACCCAAAUCAUCCAUUGUGACAUCAGGCCUCAAAAAAUACUCUUAGACGACUCUUUUACAGCUAAAAUUUCGCACUUUGGAUUAGCCAAGCUGUUGAAGACAGACCAGAAUCUGACAGUAACAGAAAUAAGAGGAACUAAGGGGUAUGUUGCUCCGGAGUGGUUCAGAAACAUGCCAAUAACAGUCAAGGUGGAUAUUUACAGCUUUGGCAUAUUGUUAUUAGAGCUUAUUUGCUGCAGGAAAAAUCUUGACUUAGGUGCAGAAGACGAGGAUCAAAGGAUACUGGCUGAUUGGGCGUAUGAUUGCUACAUAGAUGGAAAACUGCAUCUUCUGGUGAAGGAUGACAAGGAGGCCAUGGACGAUAUGAAGAGUGUAGAAAAAUUUGUAAAGAUUGCCAUUUGGUGCAUUCAGGAGGAACCAUCACUUAGACCCUCCAUGAAGAAAGUCACUCAGAUGCUUGAAGGCGCUGUUGAAGUCUCAAUUCCACCAGAUCCUGCCUCAUUUUUCAGUUCAAUCUAAGUUUCUGCAUGUUUGAUAUAGUCCUUGAGUGUUGUCUCAGACCAUCAUAUGGAUCUCCAUCUUUUAGUCCCAUAUGCAAAGAACAUUUUUUUUUCUUUUUUUUCUUUUUUUUUCUUUUUGUGUGUGUGUGUGUAAAUGGUGAUUUAAAUUCAGGCCUUCUGACCGAGGAUGGCUUCGGAAGGGAAGACGUAUUCAUGAAUUUUAGUGAAAUAAUUAUGAUAAGUAUGCUUUAUUUGAAAGAAUAGAAGUGGAACAGCUGCUUCUUGUGAAUGUUCUUGUAAAGUGACUAGUUUAUCUGUACUGGGAAAAUAUUUAAUAUCAUUUCUGUUAAUGGCAUAUUAUUAUGAAUCUCGCUGUGAAUGCAAGGCAUUGUUCUCAUGAUUUAACAACUCCGUUUACAAUUCCUGUGAGGUUUUGAUGCUUGUUAAUGUCACUUCUUUAAGACCA